AAUCAAGUUCAUUUUUUUUUCAGUGCACUACUUAUCAAGACCCUCAGUAACUUUGUAUAAAAGCGAUCUGCUUCGGUCAAAAGUUGCGUAAAGACUGGCGUCUCGCUACAAUGUAUGAAAUAAGGAUCAAUAUAAAAACAAUUAUUGCAACUAUGUUGCAAUUGACAAUCGUAUUUUCCAAAGCUUUCAAUAUUAAACGCCGGUUAUUAAGGUUGCAACGUCUAUUUUUUUCUUGUAUAUACGCUUAACGACAACGUAGUUUUCUCCAUAUCUUUCAAAUGUUGGUUUUAAUUGGUCUCUGAACUAUACAUUCUUGAUUACCAUACUUUCCUUCCACGAUCGAAAAAAUGAUCGCAGAAAGGUUGGAAUAUGUCAAAUUUCAAACUGUCAUCAAACGACUGCUCUUCAUUGUCGGUUUGUGGACAAAAAAUGACUCGAGUUUAUUAUUCCGAUCAUUGUUUCACAUAUAUCUAUCUUUCUUUAUUGUUCCAACAAUCGGCGUGAUUAAUUUUUUUCUUACCAAUAUAACAAAUAUUAAUCUCGCUACCAAAAGUUUGAGUACACUUUUGGGCUUCUCGACAGUAAUAAUAAAAGGAAUAUGUUUUAUUAUAAAUCGCAACGACGUCGACGAACUGCACGCGAUUUUGGAUCCGUAUUUCGACGAAUUGUUAAAAACGCCAGAACUUUCCAAGAUAGUUUUGAAAAAAAUCUCAACUUUUAGGCACUUGCCGACAUUUAUCACCACUUUUAUAACCGUCGUCUGUAUUUCUUACGCAAUUGUACCAAUAAUUUCUAUUCUGGCUCAAAUUCGUCACAAAAUUUGGCCAAUAAAUUACAACCUAGUUUAUCUUACUGUGUACCCUUGGGAAAUUCCAAAACACAGUUUCAUGUACAGUAUUCAUUUUAUUGACGAGUAUCUACUGACAAUCGCUAUCGUUCUUAUUACUUCCAGCGUCGACAGUUUGUAUACUUAUUAUAUAUUUCAAAUAAUAGGCAUGUUAAAAGAAAUAUCGUAUCAAAUUUCUACAUUUGAUGAAAAAAGUAGUGAAUUUAUUAUACGCCAAUGCGUUAAUAAGUAUGAAGUAUUAGUACAUUGUACGGAAAAAAUAGAAAAAGUUUACGGGGUUAUUAUUUUAUGGACCAUGAAUGUCAAUGCCAUUGUCCUUUGCGCGGUUAUUUUCCAACUUUCUCACGCUAAAUCAAUUCCCUUUGUUUCAAUGGUUCUUUUCGUGGCGCACGCUGGCUUGAAAUUAACCCAAGUAUUUAUAUUCGCUUGGGGCGGAUCACUCCUCACUACCGAGAGUGAAAAAUUUCGAGACACUAUUUACGCAUCACGAUGGCUUGGAAACAACCGAUUAAAGUCUUCAAUAAUAAUAAUGCUCUCCCAAAAACCCCUCAUCUUAACUGCAUGCGGCUUGCUAAAUGUCACGAUAGACAUGUUUGUUAAAGUCGGAAACACGACGAUAUCAUAUUAUUUAUUGUUAAAAACAUUUGAACAGGGAGCUUAAAAAUCACAUUGUUAUUUUCACUCACAAUCAUAUAAGAUUAGUUAUGAAUAAUUAUAACUGUUGAGUAAAAAAAUUUUUG